GCAGUCCACCAAGUACUAGGUGGCAACACCAGCUGGCCAGUCACAUAGUGCUGACGUUUAUCACACAGAAACGGAAAACAGAAAUUCAGACAAGGAAAAAACUCUAUUUGUCGUCAAACUCGACUGUUAAGCUCCAAUUACGCCGCAAACGGAGUUUAACUAAGGACAAGUGCACACGCACCGAGCGCUCUUGCUGUCAUUCUACUCACAAAGGUGUCGGCAAUAUUCAGUUGCCAGAUUGUGAGCUGAACAGACUAAUAAUUUGCAGUUGCUGGGCGUUCUGUGGGUUCACUGUUCUGUGGGUGUCAAUAUAGCAAACAUGCAUACGCCACGGCGCUAUCGCUCCUUGGCGCUGGCUGCUCCACAGAUCACGACGAUACUACUCUUGGCAUGUACAUUGCAAGUUAUUGAUGCAUUUUACCUACCUGGCCUGGCGCCGGUCAACUUUUGCAAGAAGUCUGAUGUGUCAUCUACGUGCAAGUCGGAUGUUAUUUUGUAUGUGAAUCGCUUGAAUACUGAAGAGUCAGUGAUACCUUAUGAGUAUCAUCACUUUGACUUCUGUCUGGGUAAGGAGGAGAACUCACCGGUGGAGAAUCUUGGCCAGGUUGUCUUUGGCGAGCGCAUUCGUCCAGGUCCUUAUCGCAUACAAUUCUUGGAGGAUGUCGAGUGCGCUAUGGCUUGUCAGAAGAAUUACACCGGCGGCGAUGCGGGAAGCGAUCGUCGCAUGAUGGUGCUAAAAAAGGGUAUUAGCUUGAACUACCAACAUCAUUGGAUUGUGGACAAUAUGCCUGUUACUUGGUGCUAUCAGCUAGAGACGGGCAAGCAGUACUGCAGCACAGGCUUCCCCAUGGGCUGUUUGGUACGCAACGACGGUGAAGGAUGUGCUAUUAACUCCAUCUACAAUCGUCCCCACCAUUACUAUCCAUUCAAUCAUGUUGAUCUGGAAAUUACCUACCACAGCGGUGCUCGUGAGGAUUGGGGCAUUGCCUUUGGUGGCAAUAGUGGACGCAUUAUUUCCGUUAAAGUAACACCCAGAUCCAUUAGUCAUAUUGAUGCCAACAAGCUGAACUGUCAGAGCAACGACCCGCUGGCUAUUAGCGAGAAUUCGCUUAAAACUGGUGAUUUUCAGACAAUUAUUUACACGUAUAGCGUAAAGUUUGUGCAGAACAACAAGGUGAAGUGGUCGUCGCGUUGGGAUUAUAUUUUGGAGUCAAUUCCGCACACAAACAUACAAUGGUUCUCCAUACUCAAUUCGUUGGUCAUUGUGCUAUUCCUUAGCGGCAUGGUUGCCAUGAUAAUGUUGCGUACGCUGCACAAGGAUAUUGCUCGCUAUAAUCAAAUGGACAGCGGUGAGGAUGCGCAAGAGGAGUUCGGAUGGAAGUUGGUACAUGGCGAUGUUUUCCGCCCACCGCGUAAGGGCAUGCUACUGUCGGUGUUUUUAGGCUCUGGCGUUCAGGUGCUGGUCAUGGCUAUGGUCACCUUGGCAUUUGCUUGUCUUGGCUUCCUGUCGCCCGCGAAUCGUGGCGCUCUUAUGACCUGCUCCAUGGUGUUGUUCGUGUCCUUGGGCACACCAGCUGGCUAUGUCUCGGCGCGCAUCUACAAGAGCUUUGGCGGCGUUAAAUGGAAGAGUAACGUUAUACUCACCUCAAUUGUGUGCCCUGGUGUCGUUUUCUCCCUAUUCUUUGUGAUGAAUCUGGUUCUAUGGGGCGAGAGCAGCUCGGGCGCUGUGCCCUUCAGUACCUUGGUGGCUUUGUUGGCACUUUGGUUUGGUGUCUCUGUGCCGCUUACCUUUGUUGGCGCUUACUUUGGUUUCCGCAAACGCGCCCUGGAGCAUCCGGUGCGCACCAAUCAGAUACCACGCCAGAUACCCGAUCAAUCCAUCUAUACACAGCCCAUACCUGGCAUCGUUAUGGGCGGUGUGUUGCCCUUUGGCUGCAUCUUUAUCCAGCUGUUCUUCAUACUGAGCUCGCUAUGGUCCAACCAGAUGUACUACAUGUUCGGCUUUCUGUUUCUCGUCUUUAUCAUACUGAUCAUCACGUGCUCGGAGACAACAAUAUUGCUUUGCUAUUUCCAUUUAUGCGCCGAGGACUAUCAUUGGUGGUGGCGCUCGUUUCUAACAUCCGGCUUUACGGCCGUUUAUUUGUUUAUCUAUUGCUGCCAUUAUUUCGUCACAAAGCUCUCGAUUAAGGAUAGCGCAUCGACGUUCCUUUACUUUGGCUAUACGGCCAUUAUGGUGUUCUUAUUCUUCUUGCUAACCGGCACAAUUGGUUUCUUUGCGUGCUUCUGGUUUAUACGCAAAAUCUACAGCGUUGUUAAAGUGGACUAGGCGACAUACACACCGCAAUUUACACUUAAGCCUAACGUGUGUGAUUUCUGUGCUGUGCGUGCAUGGCCGGUCUUCUGUUUAAUAUUAAAAUCAACUCACGAUCACACACACAUAUGUGCCCAAGUUUACAUUUAUCAUAUGGUGUAUGCGUGUGUAUGUGUGUGUGUGCGUGUUAAUAUGUUGUAGAUUCAAAUGCGCGCAAUAAUCUUAAGUAAAACCAGAGCAACUGAGAGAAAUUUAGAAAGAGAGACAGUGUGUGUGCAUGUGCGUGUGUGUGUGUAUGAGCGAGUGAAUGAGUGAGUGUGUGCGAGAAAUGGCGCACAUUAUUUGAAAAAGCUACACUUUGAAUAAGCAACAUUUGUAUCCUCCCACUCUAUUUCAAAAUUUUGUGUCCAUUUCAUGCUAUCUGCAUAUUUAUGUAAAUUCCAUACUGCAAGAAAAUCCAAAAAACUAAGAAAAAACUUCAAAAAGCAAAGCAAUAUUGUUUGUAUAGAACCUAAUUAUAUUUAUAAUUGUUUACUUGCCCCUCAUAAACACGAAAAUCGAAAAUAGCAAAAGCUUAAGACGCAAUAUGAAAAAUAUGAAAUAAUUAUAAUUCUUUUCCCAAAGCAAAUCAAUUGUAAUUAAUAGCUUGAAUUUUGAACAUCAUUAUCGACCGUCUAAUGUGUAACAUCUUAAUAUUAACAUGUGU